GGAACCCAAGAUGGCUGCGCUCUUGCUGAGACACGUUGGCCGUCAUUGCCUCUGAGCUCACCUUAGUUCUCAGCUCUGUAUCAGAAAUGCUGUUCCUUUGGGAACCACAGCCAAAGAGGAGAUGGAGCGUUUCUGGAGUAAGACCACGAGUUCAAACCGUCUUUUAUCGCCCCCUAUCACUAUCUACAGUUGGUCUCUUCCCAUGGCAAUGUCCAUUUGCCAUCGUGGAACUGGUGUUGCCUUGAGUGCAGGUGUCUCUCUUUUUGGCUUGUCGGCCCUGUUGCUCCCGGGAAACUUUGAGUCCUAUUUGGAGCUUGUGAAGUCCCUGGGUCUGGGGCCUGCACUGGUCCACACAGCUAAGUUUGCCCUUGUCUUCCCUCUCAUGUAUCACACCUGGAAUGGCGUCCGGCACUUGAUGUGGGACCUGGGAAAAGGCCUGAAUAUUCCCCAGCUAUACGAAUCCGGAGUGGCCGUCUUGGUUCUUACUGUGUUGUCCUCUGUCGGGCUGGCCGCUAUGUGAAGAGCUGAAGUUUCUAGCAUGAUCUUCCUACAAAUUAUUACACUGAUUUAUAUUCAUGUUUGCAUUCUCCUCUCCAGCCAGGGCAGAUCUCUCCUGACUUGCCAGAUCCCUCUGUGCUUGCAGAUCCCCUGGGAACCCUGUAGAGGUAGAGUAGCUUAUGGAACCAUAGCAGUGGAAAAGGAUCCAGUUUCCGCAUUUCUAAAGAUGAAGUAGCUGCAAAACCUUGUUUUUCCUGCCCACAGCUUGCAGCCUACUCUGAGCCUAAGAGCCCUUAUUCUCUCUCCAUGCUGGGCUUUGAUAUGUGCUGGUGGUCAGCUUUUGGCUCCUUCUUCCUGAAACAGUGGAAACAAUGCCAGCUCUGUGGCCUCUGCUCUGCGGACUGGGGUUGAGGUUUUGAGUGCCACUGCCUGUGGGUUGCUGGCUUAAAGGACAAUUCUGUUCAUUAGUCAGAGCCCAGGGCCUUUUGCA